AUGGUCCCUCACUGUCGACGCUCUGAAGUUCACCAGCUGUCGGACGAGAGUGCCGAUGGGAUCAUCUCGGGCACGCGCGUACAGAACAAGCGGUGGUCGCUCGGCAAAACCCUGUUCAUAUGGAGCCGGUACUACAGCCUUGCAAGCAGCAUCGGUACGGCAUUCCAUCGGAGGCACAAAGCACGGCUUAACAUAGCUUUCCGGUGUUUCAGACUGAUCCUCGAGCUACGGUUAUGGGCCAUGUACGGGAGCACUAAGAAAGUUGCCACAUUCUUCUGUCUGCUUACUGCGAUGGAGGCUGUUGGUUAUGGAGUAAUUUUCUCCAAGCAUCCUAUGGGUUUAACGUACGCUGACGUGCGCCAUGGACACCUCAUUGCAUAUGGCUGGACGAUUGGGGUAUCGGUGGACAGCAUCCUUCUGGGGUUCACUCUGUACAAAACCUUUCAGCACUCGAGGGAAGGUAGGAUGGAAGGUGGUCUAAUGCAGCUGCUCACGCGAGACCAGACGCUGUUCUUCUUCCCGAUUCUGGGCAUUUUCGUCACGAACCAGGUGAUCUGGCUGGUUAACCACACGACCAUCAACGAGGUGGCCACCGGAUAUGCCGUCGGACUAUCUGCAGUCCUCGCCCACCGCCUCAUGAUAUCUGUUCGGGUGUCGUACUACUCAAAGACGGAAUGCUCGAAUAUAUCUGGGAUGCUCCCCAGUAUCCGAUUCGAGCAUGGCCAUGAGACGACCCGUACUCGUCUCACGAACUUCGAGGAGCAGCAAGUCCGCACUCGUCGCGACAUAGUCGAAAUGGACCAGUUCAACGACCAGCAGGGCGUGUAG